CUGUCCUACGGCUGGAUGAUAACGAACCCCGAGAAUCGAUCCAUCAUGGCAGAUCCCGACACCGAUUUCACCUCUGGGGAUGCUGGGGCUUCCUCAACUUUCCCCAUGCAAUGCAGCGCUCUGCGCAAAAACGGCCAUGUGGUUCUGAAGGGACGUCCUUGCAAGAUUGUGGAAAUGUCAACUUCCAAAACUGGCAAGCACGGCCACGCCAAGGUUCACUUGGUUGGAAUUGAUAUUUUCACCGGUAAGAAAAAUGAGGAUAUCUGCCCUUCCACCCACAACAUGGAUGUCCCUAACAUCAAGAGAAAUGACUAUCAGCUGAUUGACAUUAAAGAUGGUUACCUCUCCCUGUUGACGGACAGCGGCGAUGUCAGAGAGGACCUCCGUGUGCCUGAAGGCCCACUGGGCAAGGACAUCAUAGCCAAAACCGAUGCUGGGGAAGAGAUGAUGAUUAUCUCUGUGCUGUCUGCCAUGGGGGAGGAGUGUGCAGUCGCUAUCAAGGCCAUGGGCAAGUAAACGGGGAUGGACUGGCUGCUCAGGCUGAAGCCUAUACUACAGAUCUUAACAUAUUGGUUCCAAUUGUCACCAAAGCUAUGGCCUUCACAAGCAACCUCAAAAUGGUUUCCGUUUCUAUUCCAAAACUGUGCUGGACUCCUACAGCUGUUGUGUUGGCUGAUUGGCAUUCUUCCAAAUGACUGAAGUGUUUGUUGACUUUUUUUGUUUUGUUUGUUUUUUCUUUGUAUUUUUUACCUUAGCGAUCACUUGCUGCGUAACAUUCCUGAAUGUUUAAAAUUACAGGAUCCCGUAGUUUUUGGGAAUACUCGCAUGCAUUCCUUUUGUCGAAACAUGCAUUGUUGUACAGAGCCUGUCGAUCGGAGACUGAAAUUGUCCCAUUUCCCUGCCUCAAUUUUUUUUUUUUGGCCCCAGAAUGGAGUUUUUAACACUAACUUUAGUAUCAUGCAAUGCCCUGAAACAAUCAGCUCUUUUUGAAAGGCUCAAUGCAGAUAGUUGGCACUUCAGAACAAAUAGUACAACAAAACCCUAAAAGAACUUCAGUGAUUUAUAUCAAUGCCAGUCUGCCGCUAACAAUGACAAAAGUAAAAAUUUGCAGCCAAGUAAGACCUGGUGGCCAAGCACGAUUACCUCUGAACGUGAUGCCAACUUGUUGGCCGUCAUUGGCAACCUUACCACCGUGUCAAAGCCUGUACGUGUGUGAACUGAGUGUUCUGAAGCAUUGCAGUGUGCUGUUGAGGGGCUCGGUCUGGGGAAGGAUGUUAAGGAAAAAAAAAAAAAAAAGGAAAAAAACAAAAACAUUUUUUUUUCUCACUCGAGGCCUUUGUCAUUAGACAGAAGAUUUAAAAAAUAAAACGAAAAAAUGGAAAACCUUUUCGAUGGCUUUUUUUUCUUUAAAUGCAUUUACCAUGCAGUGAUUAAGAUGAGUGAUGGGACUUUCCAGCAAAUGUCUGUCUUUCCCUCCCCUCGUGAGCCUGCUGAUUGUUUUGUUUGGCUACUAUAUGGGGCCUGGUUUUGGAUGUUAUGGAAUAUAAUAAGCUGGGCAGGUGACCUUGUUGAAAUCAGGGUGUGUGGGGAGGGGGAGCAAUUUUGACUGGGAUGGGGCUAGAAUUUCUUACUCAAACUGGAUUCUUCAUAUUCAUGAUUCCGAUAUUAAUGUAGCUUGUUGGGAUUGAGUCCUCUAUCGAAAUCAAGGACUGUCUGCCAUUUUGGUGAGAAUUUAAAUAUUUGUCACCAAUGCCGAAUUGUCAUCAGUCUUCCUAGCUUACUGAUGUAAUCUAAGGGGGUGAUUCAGUCUGACCAGACCAACAGUGUUUACCAUUUUGAGUGACCUGUGAUCUAUGUAUUGUAACCAGAUAAUGUUUUAGACCCAGAAUUAGUCUUAAUGGUGUUCUGUCCUUAAGGAAAUUUGAGCAAGUUUUGAUAAUUUGGGUAUUUUAGAGUGAGCAGUCUUCUACAAGCCAGGUUUCAUUAGUUCCAUUCAUCCCGAUGACUGUUGGUGCAUUGCUGUUCGUUCAUUUACAUGUAUUUAAUCUAACUUCUGUUUUCUUCAUUACUGAAAAUGAGUUUAUAUGCGCUGCCAUUGACAGUACCUUGUUAAACCAUCUCACGUUUUCACAACCUCUUUAGCAUAGGUCAGGCCAAUGCAAUUAGCAGGUUGUAUACAUUUUCAUCUUAAUGUGCAGGCUGUCAGAAUUGGAUGCUUGCUUUGUAGUGCGUGUAGUUUUUAUCUUGCAAGAUUUUUAUUUGAUACAGCUUUCAAGGCUUAUGAAUGGUAAUGGGAGAUAGGAUUCAUAAUUUGAUUUGGUGAGCAGAGGUUUAAUUUGUUCAUACAUGAUCAUCUACUGGUAUCUCCUCCCAUAGAUGUCCAUUGACCUUCAUGCAGAUCACUGCCCAUAAUUUGCAUUGCUUUUCACCUGUCCCAGCUAUAUCUUAACGUGAAUUUCAUUCCAUAAUGAGUUAAGCUUUUAUUGCAGAAUUGAAUGUUGAUCCUGCAUUUGUUCUCUGAAAUUCAGUCCUCAGUCUAAUUUAGCAUUUUGUUAAAUCGGAUUUCCCGUGUGUAGUUGUCGUUCAAGUAAUUUGACAUCAGAUUUCAGUAGUUCAAAUUUUUAUGCUGAUUUCCAGUGAAGUGCUGGGGAGUUCAGGUGAAGUUUGCUGUGUAUUUGCAUUGAGUAUUCAGUCUCUGGAAGAUUUAAUGUAUCCUGAUGUCUGAAUUAUUUUCUUUGUUUGGUUUAUCUUUUGGUUUCAAUAAAUUGUUCUCCACUUGAUGCAUUACUUGGUGUUCUAUGUCUAGCUCAUUAUAGACUUUACAGUUUUGUCAAUUUUGAAGUGAAUUUAACUGUCUGGCUUGCUAUUGAGUAUUUAAUUUGAUAAGCUAGGAGUCCCACCUCUAACUUAACAACUGAAUCUCAAUAGCAAGGCAGUAAUGUGUAAGCAAGAUUUCUGAUCGUUUCCACUUUUGGUGAAGACCAACUUUGAGGCUAUGCGUUUUCAAAGUGCAAAGCACAAGCUUACAACUUUUUAGCCAUGUCUUAUCAAAUUUAACCAUCUCCCCUGUUGCAUAUCCGAGAUGUAUUUUAGAGAAUGACGUGGCAGAAAUGUUCUUAUGACCAAUUUGCAGGUUUGAAACAGGCAGUUUGUAUCUUUGAGUAAGGAAUAUAAUCAGAAUUUUACAGCAAAUACACAGCUGUUCUACAAUGUCAUGCAAGUCACCCUUUGUAGAAGUGACUGAGCAAAGGUGUAUGGUCUUGCUGUAUACAUUUUGAUUUGAGCUAGAGCUUUUUCUUUUGUUUGUUUUUUGGGUGGCCGAGGGGUCUUCUGCUUAAUUGGACUUGUUCUUAAUUAUUGUGGACUUGGUAUCCAUUCCCAGUCAUUGUUGGUCAUAAAAAUGCAUUGGAAACCAUUCGAUUGGCAUGUCCACUGCCCUUAAUUGGCUAACGUAGUGAUAAGAAUUGCUUCUGCAGCCCUUUUUGGGAAGAGUUUCCAACUGUUUUUGCCUGGAGUCCCCCUGCCUUUAAUGUAUGAAUAUUUAGGCAUGUAAACGUGCAUUGGCCCUUGGCUCUAGCCUGAAAAGAAACCAAACAUUUACUAUUGAAUAGUCCAGAACUGACUAUUUGAAAUGCGAUUGGCUGCUUUCAGAAAGCAAAGUCUUCAAAGGUCUGAGUGACACCUUAAAGUGUUGGGUAACAUUUGUUGCACUAUACAAUGAAAUAGUCAUGGGUCUUACUGAUAAAUUGCCUGUUUGACAAUGUAGCUUGCAACAUUGGAUUUUCCCCACCUAAUACAUUUUUUAAAGGCUGUUGAAAGCAUGUCACUUAAACCCCAAAUCUCAGUCUUCUGGGACUGCUUGCUUGUGUUGAAUGCAACUAAAAUGUAGCUUCUCAAGGAUUUGUUUUCCUAGAUGGAGAAUCAGAACCGUUUCCCUUGUAAACUGUCUGGGAUUGCUUUGUUCCCUUUUCUGUUGUGUUAAUGAGGAACUUUGUGGGCAGGCUAUUUUCCCUCACCUGAGCAUUCUGUGAUGACCAUGUACCUUUUGACUGACCAGGUCACUCUCCAAAAUGAACAAAAGGUGCAUUGAUACCUUUGCUACCGAAGAGUGAAGAUUAGGUCGAAAUGCAGUACUGUGACCAAUCAAAAGAUGAAUUUAACCAUUUUGGGAACAAAAUAAUUUCAAAUGAUUCCACCCCAUGGAAAUAAUUCUUCAUUUGACUGGGAUUUGUCACUACCAACUUAUUAUUUCCAUUUUCACAACUAGGGUGAGAGAAACUGCUCUGUCCCAGCUGUUCCUCACCGGUUUGUCAAUGCCACAGUGUAUUUGCAACUAACUAUGUAAGCCAGAUCUGUUCAAAGUUUGAAACAACCUGCCUUAUCUUUGUAAAUGUAAUUAUACUUACACACAUUUAUGUUUGUUAUAGAAAGUUGUCUAAAAGUUGUAUUGUGACAAAAGGAGAAAUGACCUGCAGCUUGCGUAGCUUAAUGUGCAGAAUUUGUUUAAAAAUGAUUCAGAAGUAAAGCAAACUGGUUUACUGGUUGUCGAUACUCUUCCAAGUCCAACAGUAUUUCAGAUGGCUUAUUAAACUGUAAUAUGGGAAAACAUUGACUGAAUACGGUGGCUUUAAUUCCGAAAGUGUGGGUUGUCUCAGGUUAACCGUGUCGAAUUAGUUGUAAAUAUGGCAGUAGAGAACUAGAAAAUGCAUUCCCAAUAACAGCCAUUUGAAUUUAUUCGCAGUUGGCAGUAAGUGGCUGAAAUUACCAAUAUUGGGUGAUCUGGGUUGGAAUGAUUUCAACUUCAAAACUGUGCUUUCUGGGCCCCCACAAAGUAAGUUUGGUCAAGGCGCAAUCCCAGCUAACAAAAUAUUUCAAGAUUCCUGUGUUGAUAUACUGAGGACAAAACAUCUACAUUGUAUGUGGGAUGGUGACAUUUUAAACUGGCAUCAGGAUCCAUGUGGACCAGGGUUAUCUUAUGGCCCUAAUUUUAUAGUGUACAUCUCAGUGAUACUACAAACACACCUGAAGCGCGUGUAGACCAACAUUGACUGACUGAAACGUGGCCCCAGAAAGCUUGUCACCAGUACUGAUUUGCUUGUCUGCUAUACUGUGUAAUGAGGGGGAACAUCACAAUUUAUGCUCAGGCUUACAGGGCCUGGUUGGGCAUUUGAAUCAUUUGGAAAUUUUUGAGAUGGUUUGCAUCUACAAGAUUUAUUUUAAGAAAAAAAAUGGGGAUCAUUAUUACACAAACCCAGAUGGGCUAGGAGUUAAGAGAAAUAAUUAGCAAUAAAAAAUGGGGGGCAAAAAAUCAGCAUGUACACUCUUUGGGUUAAUGUUAACAAUACAUACAAGGUGUAUGACUUUGAAGCUGGAACGUUUGCCUGCGUUGCAAUAACCAGGACAUGUUUCACUAAUGAGAGCCAUUCAAAUAUUAAAAUGCAUUCAACUGGC